AUGUUGAAGUCAACAUUUUCGAGAAAUGUUACAGGUAUAAAAAAUCUUUGGAACUCUGGAUAUCAUGCUAGAUUCUUUGCGACAGAAGCAUUGCCUUAUACAUCAUUUGGUGCAUCACAUAAAGCUAAUGGGCAGCUAAGAAGAACUUUUGAUGAUCUUGAUUAUUGGCAUGAUGCGAACAGAGAUAACUUUACUGCAAAAACCGUAAAGGGAAAGGUGCUGUCUAACCUCACAUUCGGUGGUCAAUCGCAAUCCAAUGCAGGUCUUUUCAGGAACCCAUAUUUAAAAUCCCCAGACGGACUGCGAAAGUUUAGUCGGCAUUCACUUAUGCAAGCAGAGAGUGCUUUGGAAGAUAUGAGAUCAGAUCAUUCCAAGGAAGGUCUUUUAAAGUACAUUAUGAGAUUGGAUCAACUGAGUGACACAUUGUGUAGAGUAAUUGAUCUAUGCGAGUUCAUACGAUCAUCACACCCUGAUAACUCCUAUUUAGAAGCAGCGCAAGCCUGUCACGAAGAGAUGUUUGAGUUCAUGAAUGUUCUAAAUACAGAUGUCGCUCUCUGUGACACUUUAAAAAGCGUUUUAAGCAAUACAGAAAUAUCUUCCAGAUUGUCAGAAGAAGAGAUUAAGGUGGGGAAACUUCUUCUAGAAGACUUUGAAAAAUCAGGUAUUCGAAUGGAGCCAGAUAUCAGGGAACAGUUCAUUGCACUUUCUCAGCAAAUAAGUGUUGUGGGACAAGAUUUUAUAAAUAAUACAGAUUACGUGCAGUCCAAUUAUUUGAAGAUAAAAUGCGAGGAUUUGAGAAAAAGCGGGCUCAAUUCUUUAAUCCUAAAUCAACUAUCCCAAGAUAUUAGUGGGCAAUGCUAUAGAGUUCCCACAAAUGGCUAUGUUGCUUACUCUAUAUUGAGAAGCUGUCCCGAUGACCAAAUUAGAAUGAAGGUCUGGGCGGCGAUGCAUAGUUGUUCCGAGAAACAGAUAAAAAGGUUGAAACAGCUUAUAAGUCUUCGAGCUGUGUUAGCAAAUCUAAUGGGUAGAAAAAGUUUUGCUGAGUAUCAGCUGGAUGGUAAGAUGGCGAAGACGCCUGAACAAGUUUGCGAUUUCAUUAGUACUCUGAUGGAUAAUAUAAAACCCAAGGCUGCUGAUGAACUGAAAUUUAUUCACAAUUUGAAGAAUCCCAAUCUUGAUAAAAAGCGGAUGGCAGCUGAUUCCGUCGAUGGCAUACUUUCCGACGUUAGACCUUGGGACCGUGAUUUUUACAGUACUGUUCAUUCCAUUCAGCAACGGCGGUCAGCCGCAGAUGACGAGCAGAUCAGCUCAUACUUUACACUCGGUACCGUAAUGGAAGGUCUCUCAGACUUGUUUCAAAGAAUAUACGGAAUCAGACUUGAACCAAUUAUAGCUGAGAGAGGUGAGACGUGGUCACCCGAAGUUAGACGCUUGAAUGUUGUAUCAGAGAGAGAUGGCUUGAUCGGUGUGGUAUAUUGCGAUCUUUUCGAACGUCAGGGCAAAACAAGCAACCCAUCCCAUUUCACCAUUUGUUGUUCGAGACAAAUAUAUCCCCAUGAACUGGAUACAUCAACAGUACAAAUGGGUAGAAAUCGUGAUGGCACCCGUUUUCAACUACCCAUAAUAAGUCUUAUUUGCAACUUUUCGUCGGCAACAGAUUCUACUGGAAAAUCUGUAUGCCUCUUGCAAUUAAGCGAAGUUGAAACUUUGUUUCAUGAGAUGGGUCAUGCUAUGCAUUCGAUGCUUGGUAGAACACGUCUUCAGAAUAUUUCGGGUACCCGAUGUGUCACAGAUUUUGUGGAAUUACCAAGUAUUCUUAUGGAACAUUUCGCGCGUGAUUCAAGAGUCCUGAAAGAAAUAGGACGGCACUACGAAACUGGUGCCCCAAUUCCUGACAGUUUGCUACAGUCACAUAUCCAAGAAUCAAAUUUUAUGCAAUAUUGCGAAACUUAUUCUCAAGCGAAAAUGGCAAUGUUGGAUCAAGAGUUGCACAGUGAAAAGAUAGUUAAAGGGCUUGAGACUUUGGAUGUCACUAAUUUGUAUCAAGAAUUAGAGAGAAAAAUGAAAGUUCUAGUUGAUGACAAGAGCAAUUGGUGUGGCAAAUUUGGACAUCUAUUCGGGUACGGUGCAACAUAUUACAGUUAUCUGUUUGAUCGCGCUAUAGCGUCAAAGAUUUGGGAUGAGCUUUUUUCGAAAGAACCUUACAGUAGAAAAAAUGGAGAGAAAUUCAUUGAAUGUGUCCUGAAGUGGGGAGGCUCGAGAGAUCCUUGGGCUUGUAUUGCCGACCUUUUUGAUAAACCAGAACUGUCGAAAGGAGGAACAAGAGCUAUGGAGUUUAUUGGGCAGGCUCAAGAUUUAUAA